CUGGUACAGAGGGGUUAGAGAGAGAGAGUGUGUGUAUCUGGCACAGAGGAGUUAGAGAGAGAGAGAGUGCGUGGCACAAAGAGAAGGGGCAUCCAAAGAAAGGGUUAUCUGAACUUACGAGGCACUGAAGAACACUUAAGAACACCGAAGAACACUUUGACACUGAAAACUUGAGACCAUCACUGAGGAACAUAAACAUCUCAACAGAAGGAAAUGAACGUGGCAAAGAUCCAUGACAAGUUUUUAAUAAAGAACUUCUGGGAACAAAAAAUUGUGAAUCAAGGCCAGCACCUGGAGAACGAAGACAUGAGAAAGGAGAAGAGUGCCCUGUCAAAGUUGAGAGAGGAGUGGGUCCAGAGGCUGGACAAUCGAACCAAACAUCUGAAGAAUCUGAAUGAGGACUUUCUGAGGAAGGCAAAACUGGCCAAAAUGUCUGAACAAACAUAAUUUAACCAUGUAAUUUUUUUUUUGGGGGGGGGGGGGGGGGGU